GCCAAUUCGUCAACCAUCUUUAAUACCCACAAUUGCAAUUAUCAACACGGUCGUGGAAGGAUAGAGAAAAAUUCGGUUGAAGUGUUUAAAAUCCCGUUUGAAUACUCUAUGGAAUAUAGACGCCGGUUUCUCGUGAAUCACGCCAUAGUUUUCAGAGUGAAGUUCAGGCUAAUUCGCCGUUUGGAGUUUGAUUUUAUGUCAUUGCUGCGGAACGUAGCUCGGUAGGUCGCCCCUUGCAAGUGAAUUUCGAUUGGCAGAAAUGUGUGGAAUUUGGUUACGUGCAUUAGUGUAAAUUCAUUGAGCAAAUGCGUAGCGUGUGAAAACACUCGAAGUGGCAAUCACAGACAUAUCAGUUUGGCGAACGAAGUGAUUUGGUCCCGAGGUGUCUUCUGAAAAUCUUGAAUUAGGGAGCGGAGAAAUGGCGGAUGUUAUUGAACUCAGUUCGGAUUCGGACAAUGAGGAAUCACUUUCCAGCAAAUAUGAACGGGAUAAACGGUUUCGAGAAAUUUGGAGACUGGCAACACGCAUAAUACCUACAAAACACGCAUCUACUAACGAUGACAUAUACCCCUACCGUAGUUUAAGGAAACUUUUAUUUGUUAUAAGAACCAGAACCCCGAAAAUUUAUGACAUGAAGCUCAAGGACUUUAUAUUUAGAAAACUUCUGCAUUUGUUUCAAGCUUUUAAGUUUGCCUUCAGGAAUAUUGGUGAAGACGAAAAGUUCAACUUUCUCCUGGUGGAAUUCAUGACUUUAUAUACAAACUUCAAGUGUAAACAGUACGAGCAUGCGGUUGAUGUAGAAGCUGUAGUUAAUAACUUAUUGACCGUCCUACACAUUAUUUUCAGUGGUAAAAGUCACUUCACAAUUCUGACUCUACUGAAAGUUAAUUCCAAUAUAAUGUUGUCUCCAAUCUAUAAAAAAUACCUAUUUGAUCGUAGGCUGCAUGACAGAAACGACAUAGUGCGUUACAUUCCAUUAAUUUUAUGCUUUAGAAAGUGGCGAAAGUUAGAAAAGGAUCGCAUAAGAGACGUAGAGUCAGAUAAUUCAGAAGAAAUAAAUCUCAAUAUGAUGAAGGCAGUCCUUCCUUGCAAAGUACCACCUGUAGAUAAGAUUAACCAGUCUUUUACAAGAAUAAGUGAUCUAGUCGAGUUUGCUAUUCAAAACGGUAACAAAGGAACUAGUAUAUUAUUGGAAAACGUGUCCAUGGAUCUGGACGAAAGUAUAGUUAAGUAUUUGAAGCAGUAUGAACGGUAUAUCAAUCUUGACAACGCCUUCAAACUGCCAGAAUCAACCCAAAGAGUUUCGUUGAUUGAGAGAUUGGACGGAAAGCCAUGCGAUAUUAUAAAUCUCACACAGGACGAUGAAAAUAUUACGCGUGUUCAGAGCGAGGAUGAUGACCCCUUAACUAGAGUGCAGCAUCAAAACUUCUGUACCAGGUCUUCAGAAAACAGUAACCAGCAUUUAAAUCGGAACUGUGAUGAUCAAAACCCGCCAGAGGAUAAACGAUGUGAUAAGACCCAAUCUCGAGUUCAUAAUCAUAGUGAAAACGCUACGAGAAGUAGAAGGUAUUUUCGACGUUGGCCUUUUAAGAAUGCUAAGAACAAUGUGAGCAGUACGGUCAGUGAAAGUAAACUGAAAGCACGCAUGAAGAAGGGUCAGGUAAUUGUUAUUGAAUCCUCGAGUAGUUCUGACGAGGAAGCGACGGAAUCCCCAGAAGAAGAGGUUUCAAGUACCACCAAUUUUGACAAUCGAAUUUCGCGCUUGGGCGAUGUUCCGUAUAUUCUUAAAAAUCCGCAAGAAUUACAUAAUUUUGAAGUGGAGAGCUCUGGAAUUCCUUGGGAAGAUGAGAAACCAACAGAAAAGUGCAGUCCCGAAAGUAAAACUAGUUUGCGUCCAACCAGCUCAGAUUCGACAUCGGCAAGAAUGACAGUUAGUAACACUACCAGUUUAUCUACAGCUACGUGCCAUACCAAAAGCAGAUUUAAUGCGGCCUUGGGGAAUUUCUGUGCAUCUCCUUCGUAUAUUCCCCAGGCUUAUGAAAGCGUUGCCAACAAAACUUACCCAACAACCGAUAAUGCGCAAAUUUUGGACAUUAAUAGGCUACCUGAACUUCAUAAGACUGAAAUCUCAAGAAUAACAAAUAAUAGUGAGAUUACUAGAGUAGAUUCCGUGGCGAGCACUGAAGUGUCUAGCUCGGCAAUUCCUUGCUUAAAUACCGAGCGGUCUCCGCAACCAGUUGAACAUGUUCAUAGGGUUCACGGUUGUGAAGCGAAUGUUGCGGUCGCAGAAAUACCAAAACCGAGCAUUAAGGAUUUUACACUCCCGCCUCACUCAACUGGUUCACCACCGCAAGAAAAUGUCGUUCAAUAUUCCGGCAAUGAUCCUGAAGUACUGAUGGAUAUUGAGGUCUGCGACACUAACGUCGACAACGUACCCGUUUUGGAAAGUAACGCGGAGCAGUCCGAGGAAAUUCAACUUCCAAACACACCAGUUACCACAAGCCCCGAAAUCAUUGUGAAAAGCUGCGAAGCAAUGCAAUGUGAAGAGUUAAAGAAUAGCUUUACAAAUGUUCCAAAUUCUGCGGACUCAAUACAUAAGGAUGUGGCGGAUAUUGCAACGGGUGCUGACACGCUGGCGUUCCCGACGAUUGCUGAGGCUCUAGUUCCUUUUUAUCCCGGUAGAAUUCGUUAUGCUAGGAAUUUACGAAACGUAUUUUGCAGUUCAGAAGCUUUGUUUUGUGAUAUAAACUUUAAUUUCGAAGGUAAGAACUUGAAUUACGAAAAUUAUAAUAGUAUUUAUUUUAAGCCCUUUACUCUAACUAGCCUUAGAUCUAGAAGCGUACAAAACCGAAAUAUGUCAAGGGAUUUUUCGUUUCCAAACUCAAUAUCAUUUAGAAGGGAAUUAAGUUUAUUUAAAAUAUAUCUCGAUUCAUAUUUACAAGGAUUCAGAUCUCAUAUGGAUGAUUCUGAAAUUGAUAAUUCCGAAAGUAAGUUAACGAUUUGUCGAAAAAAUUUUAAAUUGCAUGUUGCGAAUGGAAAAUCACUUAUAAACGAAACGAAUGUUCCGAAUGGAAAGUCACAUAUAAACGAAGCCAAUUGUGGGGAGCUUUGCAAAAUGGCGAUCUUAGAUCGACCCCAUAUUGUAACAACUGACCUAAUUCAAUCACGAAAUGCUUCAGAGAGCGCACUUUUGCCUGUUCUGGGAUCACAAGCGAUUGUCCCGAGAUUUAGAACAAAUGACAUUUUAACUGGUGCAAGUAAAUUGCAAAUUAGUUUGCAGAGAAUUUCAAAUGAGGCUAUACAUUUGUCUUUACUCUGGAAAUGCAGUCAUUUUUCAACUACAAUAGACCUGAAUGUGCCCAUGUGUCAGGAAUACGUAGACGUUGACGAAAUUAUGUACAGAAAAGUGAAAUGCAUUGUUGCGAAUUCGCUGAAUUGUGAAAAUCAGUAUACGAGGCAUUCCCAUCAUCAGAGGCUGCAAGAAGCCUUGAAUACUUUCAUGAAUUCUAAUUACGUAAGGAAGUCUAUUGUUCCUAGUUCUUCUUUGUCAGCUUUGACUAGGCGACCUGGGCGCCUAGGAGAGUCUUCACCUUCCAUUCAGUUGAACUUUAAGAACGACCCGUACGACUUUGUCCGUUUCAAUUUUCCGAACGGGACUGCUAUGAAUCAAACUUUAGUUUUAAACUAUUCGCUGCCACGUUUUCAAGCUCUCCAAUCAUCUUCGAUGUCGAACAAUAAGACAAUUUGUAAAUCAUUGGAUUUACCCGAAAACGUAGAAAACACUCUAAAAAUGGAAAAUUGCAAAAGAAGAGAAGAGGAGGCUUGGAUGAAGAGUUUAGGACUUUGUCCAAAAGAGCUUAUGUACGCACCGAAAUUGAAACGAAUAUGCUACGAUAUAACAGAUCGACGUUUGGAUGUUAGUGUCCAUAAGAAGAUAAAAAGAAGCAUGGUCCCAAGUUGUCAAUCGAAAGAACAUCAGCAAAUAAAGUAUGGUACAAAAGUUUCGACUGUUACCUCUAGUAGCGAAAAUGCCAAGUCAAAACUGCCUCAAUCAGUUUUCAAGGGGGAUAGAAUGCAAAUCAAAAAACAUAUUAAAACAACCAAAUUACGGAAGAGGAAGAUCAUUGAAGAUCUAGAGCUAGCGCCUUUGGUUGGUGAAGUAGCUAGGACCUCGGCUGCUGCUCCGGAACCUUCACAGAGUGAAUCUGCCGAUUCAGAUUUCCAUGAAAUGUUGGACGUUGAUACGAAACGUAGGAAAGUUGACAUAGAGAAUGAAAUGUCAACGGCAGACAACAAAGUAAUUGAAAACGACCAAGGAAGAGAAAAAGAUGACAAACAGUUAGCUGAUUUAUCAAUUAAACCCUGCAUUGUUAAAAUUAACUCAAGAAAUUCUAAAAAGCCUCCAAUAAAUAUGAAACGAGCUCCUGAGACGGUAGUCGUUUCAAAUGAACCGGAAGCGAAAAAGAAAAAACCCUGCCUUGCGGAAAGCAACCCUAACUGUUUACAACGUAAAAGUCACAAGCAUGUCCGUUUCGCAAUUGACAGCUGGAGUCCUGAGGAUGACAAUUUGAAGAAGGUUCUCCAGAAAAUGAAAUUGGAGAAAUUAGAGGGAGAAAUUGAUGUGCUACUGAAAGCGUUGACUAGCCUAUCUAGAGUGCCGACCGUCGAGGCCUAUUUUAUUCUUAAUAAAAUUAUAAUGACCUUUAUCUACGAGUGCUUAUCAUCGAAAGAAUGCUCAAGGAUAACCCACUGCCGGAAUUAUUCGUUUAUCUGUAGAGAAUCGAAACAGUUGCAGGCCAAGAACAUCGACAAUGAUGAAUUGUAUAAAAUUGAGUAUAAAUAUGAGAAACUGAAGGAGAAUACCAAACAAAUUUCCGAAUUAGAUGUUAUUCGUAAUUUAGACGAAGCAUUGGAUACGCUUAAGACCAUCAAGAAGGAUUUAUUCACGGAAAAGUGGUUGCAAAAGCACAAAAGCAAGAUUCGACAACAUAUGCAUAUGGUGCCAAUCGAGCGGGCUGUCUCAAUAAAAGCAAAGAACAUGCGAAAGUCAAGCACGGAUGGUUCAGAAAAUGAAGAGGAUUUAAUAUCACCAGAAGAAGCGAAGAUAAUCGCAUCAAUUGAAGCGCGGAUAAUAGCAGCAGAGGGGGAAGAUACGAUUCAAUGCGAAGAAAUAACAGAAGAUAGAGCAGAACCGUUAGAUUUCCGAGAAAGCAUUGUCAAGGAAAUGCCUUGCUCUCAAACGGAAUCGGGUGUUCUGGAGGAAGAAGAGGUAUCGACGUUACAUGUUGCAUAUUCCCCUCGUCAAGAAUUGAUGGACAUUGGUCUACCUUUAGAUGAUGCACAAGAUAUGAGUAAGGGCGAUACAACUGCAUCGAUUCUAGCAGAUUUCGAAUGUGACUUUGACUCAACGCUAGGUAGUUUAAAUUUAGAUGUCAUGCCAGAUGUCUUCAAUACUACAUCCGAUACGAAUUCGGAUACGAAACCAAUAAUUCCAGCCCCGCAGAAAAAUUCAGAAUAUUACUAUUUGGACGUAGCCGAUUUGUUAUUGGACAACACAAUAGAGAUCGAAACUCAUCCAGGGCCAGAAGAGUUUGAUUUUUUCUCAGAACAGAUUCAAGCCGCUUUAGCGGAAUCGUCUAAUAGUUUUUACGAGAAAAUGGCAAAUCCAUAUAAACCGUGCUACGAAAAGUCAGACAAGCUGAUAAGUGCCGGACCUGAUGAUAAGGAGCUGCGUAACCUUCUCCUGGAGGUAAAUUUGAAGCAGAACGAGAAGUAUAUAGAAAAAAGUAAGCUGUCGUCAUUGCAAUUAAAAGAGAACACUUUCCAUCAAAAUUCCGGGGGAAUUUUGUUGAAUCAAUGGUCGGAACUUUACACAACUUCCGAUCAAGCUUCCAAUUCCGAAAAUGUACUUGUAGAUUCCCAAUUUGCAGCUUCUCAAGAGCAAACUGUGCGUACAAGCAAUAAAAGCGAUUUUGAGUGCAACUUUACCGAAACUUCCCAGAGGCACAUGAAUGGACAUUUUAAAAAACCUGUUCCUAAACUCCUAGAAUUCGAGUCUAGUCAGAUUAAAAAUGAUUUUCAUAUUAGUCCGAAUUUAAAGCAAGAUCUCAUGGCAGCUGAUUUUUGGCGACAAUUGAAAAACACGCCGAAUGAUUUGGAGCAGCGUAAAGUGAAAACAUCGACUAAUGGUGGUGAAAGUAAAUUGCUUGAAGAAAAAGAUAUUGACAGCUUCCCGAAUGAUCUCGUAUACUAAUAACAUUUUCUCGGUGUUUCUUCAAUAAGUGCUCAUUGGUCUAUUAUUGGGGCAGAUGUAUGUUUUUUUAUAGGCGAAAUGUUGAAUAUUUUCCAUUUUGCUUGGAAACUUACUGAUUAACUUACUUUGAACAAACAGUUGUUUUCUUGAACACUCCUAUUCUAAUCACAUCCUGAUCAAUCCAUUGCUUUCCUAACGAUCCGUGUGGGCAUUGAAAGAAAUUUACAAUUCACAUAUCCUAUAGUGCUCUGCAACUCUGACCUCUGUCUAACUUUGGCUCCACGUUCCAAUGAGAUUCGAUUAUAUGAAGUACUUGCCAUCUUAUUGUGUAUCAAAAUAAAAGACUUUACAUGCUCGUUCCUCUAAAAAAUGUGUAAUAACUCAUCGUUGAAUUUGCAAUAAUAAUGACUCAAAAAUAUGAAUUGUGCAAUAACGAUUUAGAAUAAAUUUUUUCCAUAAAAGACCAGAGACAAUUAUUAUUUUUACUUAUUAACCAUAAGUAAGUUAAACUCACUAAAACAACAAACUCCCUUCUUGGAAUCGUAAAGUUUCGCCUGGAAUACGAGUUUCGUAAAGCAACAUCCAAAAAUAACCUACUCUUGGAGUACUUGACAUUCCUAUAGCACUUACUGCUUGUCCCUCAAGGAGCAGCGAUGUCCAUAAUACCGACUGUCCUUAUAUAGAACAAAAGUGCACAUAUUUGUUAUUUUUCUCCUUUCUGAAGAAAACGCACUGUCAACACAAUAGUUCAAGGGCACAGAAAAUUCUUCUUCUAUAUUUCGUUCUGUUUUUGGAUGAUCCUGCCCGACAUCUUUUUUUGCAAAGCAUGUUGAACAAAUAAAAAUCUCAUCAAUCUUCAAUUCUUACGUAAGCAAGAAAUUUCUUGAACAAACAAAAUCCAUAUGAAAAAAACUUCUAUAACAAGUGCAACGAAAUGUCUGUCGAUCAAAGUUAGGUAGAAUAACUUUCGCAUUUGGAUAUUAUUAUGUUAAAUAAAGUUUUCAGUCUUGAAAAUAUCUGCUCUACUCUAUAUCGUGUCGCAUGUGGAUCAUCUCCUUUCAUAAUUUAAACGUUCACAUUUUGCGUGGAAUGUAAUCCAUCAUUGCUUUCGGUUGUUCCUUUGCAAUUUUCAUUUCUAUUUGGGGUAUCAUAAGUUUGAAUUAUUUCAAUAGUUCUUUGUUGUAUGAUGAGGAUCCUAUUAUGGUUGUAUAGCUCCCAAAUUUGGUUUCACUCUCUUAUGGAAUAAAGCAGGAAAGAAUAAUUUAGAGUUAGAAUCUAAGAGUUGGGUGUGUAACUAACAAAAAAAAUAUUUCCUCUAUUUAACUCCGCUUAACAAGUGGCAGAAGAACGUAAUUUACUGCAUGCAUUGGAUGUCAUUUAACAAAAUUUGUUCCCAAUUUAAAUGAAAAUCAUAUUCAUUCAUUCGUAACCAUUCAACCGAUUUUAAUAUAAUUUAAUUUUUCUAAAUGGAAAGUAUCAUUGUUUGGAGAUAUUGCGAAAAUCACCCGCCAGUAUAAGUUUCAAGAAUAAAAAGUGAAAAAAAUUGUGCUUGUUGAAACAUUGCUAACUUAUUGAUUACGAGAAAUUCCACAAAUUCAACCAAAAGCAAACCAAAUUACAAUUUAAAAGUUCGCAAUUGAAAAUUGUAUUUUCAAUAAUGACAGAUGCCAUUUGGUGCAUGGCUACAUUUGGUGAUAAAGAAAUUGCACUUCUAUUUUACGUGUCUAGGGACCCCUCCUUCCGUCCAUAAGUUCAACGUGGAGCAAUGUAAUCCUCCGCAUAUGUGGGGGUUCACAAUUAAAAAACUAUCUGUGGAAAAGUUAACCUAUCAGAACAAAAAAACGCGGGAGUAAAUUGCCUCCGAUAUGGUGCCUCAACCGCGAGUUGUCUUUCUUUUUGUUUUAAAAAAAAAAAUUAAGGGUCCGUAGGAAAAAAAGUAGAAAUAAGCUGCUUUCCAAUUAGUCCGGUUUGAUAGAAAGUGGAUGCGGAGUCAGGACUUCUCAAUCCUUAAACAAAAAGUUGAGGUGUUUUUUUUCGCAAAUUACAAAAGAAUCUGUCUAUGCAAGUUGUGUUUAACAAAUUAUGCACAUCGCUAACCAUUUGUGAUAGGUUCACCUCGGAUUCUUCUUACACUUUUUACUCCUUUUCCAACUUCACAAUCAGAUACCAAAAACCGAAAAUCAGGGAGAAUGUUACAAUUAACGAGAAAAUUCCAGUUGAAACUUGUGGCAGAUCCUGUUGUUGCCACCAAGUUGCACGCCUGGUAUCACAUGACCUUGCGCCUAACCCGUGCUGGAGUUUAUAUUUUUCAGCACGCUUUCAACGAAGCGAAGCAUGCCUUGUCAAACCGCUGUAUUAAAUGGCAAGCAAACCAAUGUCAAUGAUCGUUCAAUAUGCCUGGCGCCUUUCAAAAUAUGACCAUCUAAUGUUAUUGUUGUUAUUAUAAAAAUGUUUGUUUCUAGUUGGAGAUCAUCUUCGAAUCUUCCUAUUUCAAAUUUUAACUUUUAAGUAUCAUGACAAGUGGGCAAUAUUGUAAUUCCGCACAUGCUCCUCCACGUUGGAGCGUAACUGUUUCUCCCAUUUACCCUUUUCUUAUACUUGUUAUUUGGUUACCAAGAAGUUUUAAUGAAUAUCGGUGUUAGGGUGGUAAGAAUUACCAUCCAGAUUGACUUUGAUUAACUACGAGGGCAAGGCAAACCAAAAGAAAUUUGGCGAAAGAUGAUGGUGCAGUUCCGCCAUCAUCAUCAGCGUACUUUCACUGAAGUAUCUUGGCGAUACGCGUUUACAUGCCUCCGUUUUAACCAGUCUCGGCAAAGUGGAGGCUCCAGUUGGGACACUUCAGUCCCCCACAAGUCGUCUACAAAAAACUUGUGUCCUAUACAUCAUGCGUUGGCGGCGCAUCAGCGUCUGAAAGUCUAAAUGAAAUGGGGAAAAUCGCAAAGUGCAUCGACGUAAAAUCGAUAAUAAUAUCAAAAUUAAGGCUUGAACACACGCGUUGGAGGCAGAAAGGAUUCUCGAGCAAUGAUAGAGGGAAGGAUUUGCAUGACAGAUUGCAUCCUUGAUCUAAUUCUCUUCAGUCUUCAGUCACUUUUGAGAUGCAACUGGGGAGGCUCUCACCCACCUUUGUCAUCUUUGAGGUGUCUCAAACUGUAAAGUAUAGAGAUUAUUUUCUACUGGAGAUCGAAGCACAUGGGAAGGAUCAGUUAUAUUUUAUAUUUAAUAUUUAUUUAUAAUUUGAAAAGUAAAUGAAGAAGCAUUAUUUAAAAAUUUCCAACAUUAGAAUAUACAGUAGGCGGAGUAGAAUGCAAAAAAGCUUGUUUGUUAUUUCGAACCAUUAUUUUGAGGGAGAUGUUAUAAAGUGAUUAUAAGAAAACGAAAUAUGUAA